AUGCAACAAGAAGAUCAACAACGUGCACAACAACAACAAGCUGCUGAUCGUUUAUUUUAUGCUAAACAAAAUGAAUUAGAUCAACGUUCUAUGGAACUUCAACGAGCUGAAGAAGAGUGUCGAAAAGCUAUUAAUGAAUCGAUUAAAAAUUAUAAUGAUGCUUUAGUAAUAUCGAGAAACUCAAGAACGUCGUACAUUAAAAAACGUCAAGAAGAAUAUGAUAAUUUUGCUGAAAUGGCAAAUAUGAUAACAAGUGAUUUAUUAACAGAAAAUCCUGAUCAAGCUAUAAGUCAAUUUGGACCUCGUCGUGUUGUACCAGAUCGAUGGAAAGGUAUGAAUGAAGAUCAAUUACGUCGUAUACGUGAAGAACAACAACAUCAAAUUGAAGAAAAAAAACGUCGUAAUGAAGAAGAACAACAACGUGAAGAUGAAUGGAAUCGACGACGUAUUACUGAAGCUAAAGCUGGAAUGAUUGUUGAAAAAAAUCUUGAACGUGAACGACGUACAUUUGAACAUAAUCUUUAUAAUGAUAAUCAACGUUUAGCAAAUGAACAACGUAAUCUCAAAGCAUAUCUUGAUCGUGUUGUUUAUACAAAUCAACCAACAGCUGCUUAUUUUAUGCAGUUUAAUACAUCAUCAAGAUAA